AGUAGUUGUUGUUGUCUUAUCGGAAUGGCUACCAGCUCCCAGCAGCUUGUAUCGGCCAACAGGAAGAAGGACUUUAAGAAGAAAACUGACCCUGGGGAGGCAAAGAAGCGACGGGAGGAGGAGAUCAAGGACCAACGGAAGGAGGAGAAGGAAGCGAAGAUAUCGGCUAUACGGCAGAGUGCGGCAGACGCUGAUAAUGCCCCCUCUGGUAAGAAAGGAUUCUUCUCGGAUAAGAAGUUCACUGACCUUCAAAUCUGUGAUCCCCUCAAAGAGGCCCUCACGGCUUGUAGCUUCACUACGAUGACGGAUAUUCAGGCUAAGGCGAUUCCUCUUAUGCUCAAGGGGAAGGAUGUACUGGGUGCAGCUAAGACCGGAUCUGGCAAGACACUGGCCUUCUUGGUACCGGCCUUAGAACUCCUCGUUGCCACCCGUUUUCAACCUAAAAAUGGUACUGGCGUUAUGAUCAUCUCACCCACUCGUGAGCUGGCCAUGCAAAUCUUUGACGUUUGCAAGAGGCUCGUUGACUCAACCAAGCUGUCUCAAACUUACGGUAUCGUUAUGGGAGGGGUGAAUAGGAAGAAUGAAGCGGAUAAGCUAUCAAGAGGAAUCAAUAUUCUUGUUGCCACGCCGGGCCGACUACUGGAUCAUCUCCAGAAUACCAGGGGGUUCGUCUAUGCUAAUCUCAUGAGCUUGGUUAUUGAUGAGGCCGAUCGGAUACUUCAAAUUGGUUUUGAGGAGGAUAUGAACCAAAUAUUGAAGAUACUCCCUAAAAAGCGACAGACUUCUCUGUUUUCGGCGACUCAAACGCAGAAGGUCAAUGAUCUGGCCCGGUUGUCCCUGAAAAAGCCCAUAUUCGUGCAGAGCAAGGGAGCUGAUGAUGAUGCGGCUAUUUCGACAGCCUCUGGGUUGGUCCAGGGAUAUGUUGUGGUUGGUGGGGACGAUCGUCUGCGACUUCUCUUCACAUUCCUAAAGAAGAACCAAAAAAAGAAGGUUAUGGUUUUCUUCUCCUCGUGCAAUUCGGUGAAGUUCCAUGACGAGCUCCUCAACUACAUCGACAUACCUGUUAUAUCCAUCCACGGUCAGAAGAAGCAGUCGGCUCGCAUGACCAACUUCUAUCGAUUCUGCCAAAUGGAGUCGGGUAUACUACUGUGUACGGAUGUAGCUGCAAGAGGUUUGGAUAUUCCUAAAGUUGAUUGGAUUGUUCAGUACGAUCCUCCAGAUGAUCCGAAAGAAUACAUUCAUCGUGUUGGGCGUACUGCUCGUGGCGCCGAGGGUACUGGUAAGGCCCUCCUCUUCCUCAUGCCAGAGGAGCUAGGUUUCCUGAGGUACCUUCGUAAAUCGGGCGUGACGACCCUCAACGAGUACGUGUUCCCACCAGCUAAAGUGGCUAAUAUACAGCAUCAGUUGGAGAAGCUAGUCGAGUCGAAUUAUCACCUUCAUCGGGCUAGUCGGGAUGCUUAUCGAUCGUAUCUGCACGCUUAUGCUGCCCAUGCCUCUAAGGAUUGCUUUGAUGUCCACUCACUGGACCUGCAGAAGCUAGCCAAGUGCUUUGGAUUUGCAGUGCCACCGAAGGUUGAUCUCAAUUUGAAGGAUACGAAGAAGAGCGACAGGGGCGGGCGGAAAAUGGUAAAGUCAGGAAGGUUCAAUAAGGGUCAGGGUGACUUUAGCGCUAGCAACCCUUAUGGGAAGAAGACCAAUGGAGACAAACGUCAGUUCAGCAUGUAGAAGGGGGAUAGUAGAGCACUGAUGAGGAUACCAGAGUUAGUACCGUUCCUUCAACAACUCUCAACGUCAAUACCAUCUGUUAAUAGUACGGUUAGUAUCGGCUUGCUGGAGGACAUUCUCCUCUCGACCAUUCUA